CCAGUCGCGGGCCGGAGGGCCAGAGAGGAGGCUGGACUGGAGAAGACUUGGUCUGGCCCAGCUGCACCCCGAGUUGGCCCCUCUUGCCUUUUUUAGUGUUGGGGAGCACAGGAAAACUUCAGGAAUAGUGUCUGGGCAACUCUCGUGAACUGGUUUGUAAAUGUGUGCAGUGAGCGGGGCGAGCCGAGAGGAAGCGAGAGCGCCCGAGUUUGCAAAGAGCUGCUUUGUGUUUGGUAUUUUGAGAAAAUGGCCGAAUGCCUAUUUCAGCCAGGAAUGCCGCCGCUGAGGCAGUCGCUGGUGGCAGGAGCACAUAGGAAUUCGUGCAACACAUUGGGCUUUGGGACUUUACUUGGAUGGUCCUCCUGACAAACGUUAAAAUUUCUUUAGGGAUGGUAGUUAGGGUUUUGGGGGAGUAUUAGAAAAGUCGGUGUUUGGUUAAAUAACCAAGUAGCUCGGGCUGUUAAACAUUGGGACAGCUUUUGCCCUCGGUUUGUUCUCUGUGUGAUGGCAUUUGAUUCCAACUUUUGUUGAAUACAGUUAUGGCCACCCAGGUAAUGGGGCAGUCUUCUGGAGGAGGAGGGCUAUUCAACAGCAGUGGCAACAUCGGCAUGGCCUUGCCUAACGAUAUGUAUGACUUGCAUGACCUCUCCAAAGCCGAAUUGGCUGCUCCUCAGCUUAUCAUGUUGGCAAAUGUGGCCUUAACUGGGGAAGUAAAUGGCAGCUGCUGUGAUUACCUAGUUGGUGAAGAAAGACAGAUGGCAGAAUUGAUGCCUGUUGGGGAUAACAACUUUUCAGAUAGUGAUGGAGAAGGACUUGAGGAGUCUCCGGAAGUAAAAGGCGAACCCAGUGGACUGGAAAACAUGGAACUGGAAAGUUUGGAACUCAGUGUUGCAGAACCACAGCCUGUGUUUGAGGUACCAGCUGCCCCAGAAAUUUAUAGCUCAAAUAAGGAUCUUCCUCCUGAAACACCUGGAGCAGAGGACAAAUGCAAAAACUUGAAGACCAAACCCUUUCGGUGUAAGCCAUGCCAGUAUGAAGCAGAAUCUGAAGAACAGUUUGUGCACCACAUCAGAGUUCAUAGUGCCAAGAAGUUUUUUGUGGAAGAAAGUGCAGAGAAGCAAGCAAAAGCCAGGGAAUCUGGCUCUUCCACUGCAGAAGAGGGAGACUUCUCCAAGGGCCCCAUUCGCUGUGACCGCUGUGGCUACAAUACCAAUCGAUAUGAUCACUAUACUGCUCACUUGAAACACCACACCCGAGCUGGGGAUAAUGAGCGAGUCUAUAAGUGCAUCAUUUGCACGUACACCACAGUAAGCGAAUAUCACUGGAGAAAACACUUGAGAAACCAUUUUCCAAGGAAAGUAUACACAUGCGGAAAAUGCAACUAUUUUUCAGACAGAAAAAACAAUUACGUUCAACAUGUUCGAACUCAUACAGGAGAACGCCCGUAUAAAUGUGAACUCUGCCCUUACUCGAGUUCACAGAAGACCCAUCUAACUAGACAUAUGCGCACUCACUCAGGUGAGAAGCCAUUUAAAUGUGACCAGUGCAGUUAUGUGGCCUCCAAUCAACAUGAAGUGACUCGCCAUGCAAGACAGGUUCACAACGGGCCGAAACCUCUGAACUGCCCACACUGUGACUACAAAACAGCAGAUAGGAGUAACUUCAAAAAACAUGUAGAGCUCCAUGUUAACCCACGGCAGUUCAAUUGUCCUGUAUGUGACUAUGCAGCUUCCAAGAAGUGUAAUCUGCAGUAUCAUUUCAAAUCUAAGCAUCCUACUUGUCCUAAUAAAACAAUGGAUGUCUCAAAAGUGAAACUAAAGAAAACCAAAAAGCGGGAGGCUGACCUGCCUGAUAACAAUACCAAGGAAAAAACAGAGACAGAGCAGACAAAAACAAAGGUGGACGUGGCUGGAAAGAAAAAUGAGAAGUCUGUAAAAGCAGAGAAAAAAGACAAUGUUUCAAAGGAGAAAAAGCCUUGUAGCAAUGCUUCGAUCCAAGUGACUACCAGAACUCGUAAAUCAGCAAUGGAAGCUAAAGACGUGGAUGUGCGUGCAGGAAACAGUUCAGAAAAAACCUGUAAAACCAAGAAAAGUAAAAGGAAGGUGGAAGCUGAAGCCCGUUCCUUACAAGAUUCCGUUAAUGAUGAGGAACCCGUGACAAAAAAGAAAAAGAAGACAGAAAGCAAAUCCAAAAAUAGUCAGGAAGCGCCAAAGGCUGAGAACAAAGUAGAGGAGAAUAAGAAGCAAAAUACUUCUGGGAAAAAAAAUACAAAGAAGAAAACUUUGAAAAAUAAUAAAUCAAGUAAAAAAGGCAGCAAGCCGGCUCAGAAGGAGACUGUUCAGAGGGGGCGAGCGCAGACAGAGCCGCAGCCCCCUGUGGAGCCUCCCGUGGAACCUGCUCAGACAGAGCCGCCUCCCCCCGAGGAGCCUUCUCCGAUGGAAGUUGUUCAGAAGGGGCCUGUCCACGUGGAGGAGCCUCCCCCCGUGGCACCUCCUCCCGUGCUGGAGCCCGCUCCUGUGGUAGAGCCCUCUCCUGUGGUGGAGCCCGCUCCCGUGGUGGAGUCUCCAGUUUCCAAAAGGUCUCCUCAAAAAGAUAAUAAAAAGGAAAAGUUGAACAUGCAGAAUGAAAUGGCUAGGAAGGAGCAAGUCCUAAUUGAAGUUGGCUUAGUGCCUGUUAAAGAUAACCAGCUUCGCAAGGAAAACGCAGGGGCACAGGAUUUCCCACCACCAUCACCACCAUUGCCAAAGGAAAACUUAGAAGAAGAGGAGUCAGCAGACCAAAAAUCACUCACCGAAUGCGAAGAAAAUAAAGAAGCUCCCCUUCAAAAAGUAGAAGCAGAAGAGGCAGAUAAGAGUCUAGCUGGUCUUGCUGCUGUUAUCAAGGAACCUGCAGAAAUUUCGUCCUCUGAACAGAACUCGAAUGCGCCAGAGGGCGAAACAUCAGAUGGUAAACAUCAGGCUGACACUGGGCUUUGUGAAAUGGACGCUAGUGAGAACAAAACAGAGAAUCCCCCUGGAAAAGACUCAGUAGUUGAAGAACCAGUUUCACCUCUGCUUCUUCCCCUAUCAACAGAGAAAGGUGAAGCAGUGUUCAAAACUGGUGUGGCAUCACCUCCUGUCACCAUUGCAGUAAACGAGUCUCAGGAAAUGGAUGAAGAUGAAGGCAUCCACAGUCAUGAUGGAAGUGACCUAAGCGACAACAUGUCAGAGGGUAGUGAUGAUUCUGGAUUAAAUGGGGCCCGGCCAGUUCCACAAGAAACUAGUAGGAAGAAUGCAAAGGAAGCCUUGCCAGUCAAGGUGCCUGAAGGAGAUUUUGUUUGUAUCUUCUGUGAUCGUUCUUUUAGAAAGGAAAAAGAUUAUAGCAAACACCUCAAUCGCCAUUUGGUUAAUGUAUACUUCCUUGAAAAAGCAGCUAAAGGGCAGGAGUAAUUAAACUUUGGAAAAGGCUUCAGUUCUUAGUUCAUAAGGUCUACAUUUUAUAUUCAUUUAUACUGGUAGACCACCUUUUAUUUUUAGAAUUGCUUUAAUUAGUGUCUGAUGUUGAUUUUUAAGUGGCACUCUUUUUCUUAGGACUCUGUAUACCUAGUGUGUAAAUUUUAGCAAAUCCAAGGGAGUUAGUGUACUAAACCUGCAGACACCUAAAUCUUUUAGUUUGUGCAUUUAAUUGAAACUAGAAGGCCAAGGUGGUAUCACAGCAUUCUGUUGCUUUGUCUAGCUGUGACUUGUCAGUUUCCUCCCCAUGUCUGUCUUCCUGUUACAGUUUAGUUUAUUCUUAAUUUUUUGUUUAGCUCUAUUAAAAUUGGCAUACUUAAAUAGCAAAUUACUUGAAGAAUUUGCCUGCUUUAUAUAAAGUUAGCACUUUAAAAUUUUUUAGACGUGAGAAGAGACAUUUAAAUUGAAAAAAAUCUCCCAACAGUGGACAUUGUUUCAGUCCAGGUAUUUACUCCCAAGUUUUGAUCAAUAUUUCUUAUUUGUAUAUAUUAAUCAUCAUAAGAACAUUGAUUUUUUUAUCUUUUUUUUAUUUUGGUGCUUUAAUGGCUAUAUUGCACAUUGUGUUUUUUUUUAACCUAUGCAGUUAAAUUUUCCUAGAUAUAGCAUUUGUGUUGAACAGUAACACUUUAUACAUAUAUAUGCAUGUUUAUUUUGUCCUCUUUGGAGGGAUGCUUUUAGUCUUGUUUGCAAAAGGGCAGUUUUUCUUUUGCUGCAAUUGUCGUUUUUGCAGAAUAUUAGUGUGUGCAAGUUUGUGAGCAAAUGAAACAUGCAGGUUCAAGUCAUUGAUUUUGAUUUUCACAUCUUAUAUCUAUGCCAGAUCUGUAUUUCAUGUAAGUUAUUUAUUUUAAGUGGAUGUAGUAAAUUCACAGCUCUCGAUUUGAACUUUGCAAUAAAUGAACCACUAGGCUCUAUAUUGAAUGGCAUUUUCUCUCAAAUACCAACUGUAAGUAAAGUUUAUUGGCCUGUUUUAGUACUAGUACAGCUACUUCUUAAAUGUACAGUAUUAAGUCAUCUUUGAGGAAAACUUUUUUUCGUAGAUGGUUGGUAUCCAUAUGACUACUCAACUGUUUGACAUUGGGAAAUUGCAAACCUGGAAUUAAGAGACAUAUACCACCUGCAAAUUGUAUAGAAUGUCAGCUGUGAGAUUCCAAAGCCAUAGCAAUUAUACGGAAAACCUAGAAUGAUAAAGGCAGUAUGAGUGCUGAUUAGCCGGCUGCCACUUCCUACGAAUAUAAUGAAAAAGGCUGGUGAACCUUAAUUACAGUUCAGAUUUAAAAAAUCACACUUUCUCAGGGAUCUCCACAAAGUAGUGGGUUUCCUGGCUGUUCCUGUGACAGCCUCUUUAUACAGGUGAGGCCUCAAAUGAAUUGCAGCUAUCCUGGUGUUCCUGUGGGAAUACUUUGUAUGGGGGAAGGCGUGUGUAUUCCCAAACUGUUUUGGUAGAUUCUUUGGCCAGGUGCUGAAGAAUAUGGAAAUCCAGCAUAGGAUUAUUCUUGCUGAUAGUAGUUAUUCAUUGCAGUAAAAAUAAAGUACGAUCUCAAGUAGGGAAUCUUGAACAAUUCUGAUUUUCCAUUUUCUGUUUUGAAAUAACCACUUUAUAUUUCAUUUAUUAUUACUAUUUUAAUCCGGUGAUCUCUUUGGGGCGCAGGUGUCAGAGUUUGGCAGUGCAACAUGAAGAAGAUUAGGAAAAGCAUUGAUGAAGUGUGGGUGGAAAACUUGCUAAAAAUCUGAGAGUGAAGUUUGAGUUGAAAGACGUUUGAAUUGAACUUUGAAUUGACUGGGAGGCCAAAGAUUGAAAGAUGAUUCUCUCAAGACGUGAGGAGUAAGUUGUGUGUUCACGGUGUGUGUUUUGUGUGCAUGAAUGGGAAUUUGUAAAUGAUGUUGAAUUCUAGGUGAAUUCUCAGCUCCGACAAUCAUUGUCAACAGAAGAUCAAGCUGCAAAUAUUUAUGUUUUAAAACUUAAAUUAUAAAGCUAGUUAAAUCUUUCUAACAGCUAGUUUUGAUGUUCAUGGGUACAUUUUAUAUAAGUUGUCUUUUACUUUAUAUGUGAAAAGAUUCCUGUUAAGUACAGAUUAGAGACUGGGAAUCAGUUUGGGGGAGAGGUUUUUGUGGAUUCUUUAAUACUACAAAAGAGAAAAAAAUUGACCUCUGUGGAAUUGGAUUGAUUUUCUUAUUUCAUUUUAAAGACCAGAACACCAAAAACAAAAAUAUAAAGGAAAUUAAAACCCUUUAUUGUUUAAUUGAUCUGAAAAAAUUGUUACUAGAAAUUGAGUAGGACUUGAGGCCUUUCUUCCAGAAAACAAGGACUUGAUUGUCAGGCCUAUAUUAGGUUCUGAACCUUAAUGCCAUGUAUUUGUACUUACUAAAAAUUGUUUCAGUGAAAAGUAUAUUAGUAAUACGAACUUCUAGUCUAGUCAGGAGUUCUUCCAUUUGCAAAAUGUGAUAUUUGCAUGGAACUGUUUUGAGUCUUUUUUUUUUUCCAGUUUCCCCUCCACUGGAUAGAAUUGAAACUAGAAUUUUCUCUUUUGAUAAAGGAAUAAAAAGUGAAACAUGUUAUAUGUAAAUUGAUGUUUAGUAACUAGAGAUAAACUUGAAAUCCUAGAAGACAUUAUAAGCCUAAUCAUAGGUAGUCUUAUGAAAAUGUAUCUCUUAACUAUCUUUUUGCAUCUGUAAUGUUUUCAAGAUAUUUUAAAUUAUAUAUUUUUCCUCUUUUCAGAGCUGCUUUGGGGCUUUUUUAAAAAAUGGAAGUGUAAUUUACAAGGGGUAACAAUUUUUGACAAGGCUUCUUAUAACUAUGGCUGGAUGUUUUUUCUAGUCUUCCAGUAAGGGCCAUUUUAUUUUUUAGAGUCACUUCUAAAGUCUUGUGGUCUUUAACUUUGGGGACUGUUUUGCAUUUGAGUGCUAAUACAUAUUUAAACCCAAGUAGACCUCAUCAAAUGUCACCCUAUGAAUGUUGACGAUGGAAGGACUACCUUGCCUGUAGUAUCAAUAUCAGUUCUGGACUGAAAAGCUGGGGAAGAAACAUAAUUUGCUUUUUUGCAUAAAUCAGAAAAAUAGCUAGUAUAUGGAGUUUCCUUGUUGACCUCAGCAGGUAAACUGAGCUGAUAGUAUUAUUCAGAUUCAGGAAGUUAUCUGAAUCUUGGUUUGUGUAGAUUUGCAAUCUACAUGCAAUAUUAACUAAAUCAAAUAGCUUUUACAGUUUCACCUGUGUACAUAGGCUCUCACCACCCUUUUCAGCAUCCAUUAGUUAUUGAACUUUGUAAACUGGCAUGGAAACAUUGCAACACUAUUUUGUUGCACCAAUUUUAUAAACUUUUACAGUGCAAUACGUGUUACUUUUCAGAGACAAACCAAAGGUUAAUUUCUCAAGGUUCUUGCUGCCUGCUUUAGCAGCAUUUGAUGGAUGAUCUUUUAUAUACAUUUGUAAUAGAUGAAAAAUAAACCAGAUUGCAAAUCCUUUUUUUUUAAAUGCUUAAACCAUGUACCAAGUUAUUGGUCCAAAAUCAUGUAAAAUAAGUUAAAUUGCAUUCUAUUAACCAAUAUGAGCGUAUUUCUGUAAGCAUAGUUAUGUUGAAAUAAAGUUUUAAAAAGCAUAUUGUGCCUUUGUUUAUUACCGGUAUAUCAAGUACCAAGGAAGCUAAAUUUAUUUUGCUGGAAUUGCAAGUAUAUCAAUAAUUUUGUAAAUUAUUUUCUCCAGGUAACUCACAGUAGAUAAAAAAGUCAUGGCAACCUAUUGCUUAGGGAAACAAACCAUUGUAUAGUAGUCCAAAGCAUAUCUUACUGUUACCUGUUUUCUGGGAGAUGGAGGGGAGGGAGAAACAAUGAAAGAUGAAUUCACAGAAGACUUUUUAUGUGGUCAUUCCUUCCCAGCUGCAGGUCCCCUUACCAGUUUUAAUGUACAAGUCCCUUGGCAGG